AUGCUUUUCUUCUUUGCCUCGUUUUCCUUUUCCGAAGCAAUCACGAGUUUGUUCUUUUUCAUUGAUGUCUUCUUUCAUUUUUUUCUCUUCUUUCAUUUCCUUUUUGUUCUUUUGACAACCUCUGUUCAUUAUUAUCUAUCUAUCUAUCUAUCUAUUCUAGUCUGUUCAUUAUCUAUCUAUCUAUCUAUCUAUUCUAGUCUGUUCAUUAUCUAUCUAUCUAUCUAUCUAUUCUAUAUGUUCAUUAUCUAUCUAUCUAUCUAUCUAUCUAGUAUGUUCAUUAUCUAUCUAUCUAUCUAUCUAUCUAGUAUGUUCAUUAUCUAUCUAUCUAUCUAUCUAUUCUAUAUGUUCAUUAUCUAUCUAUCUAUCUAUUCUAGUAUGUUCAUUAUUCAUUAUCUAUCUAUCUAUUCUAGUAUGUUCAUUAUCUAUCUAUCUAUCUAUCUAUUCUAUAUGUUCAUUAUCUAUCUAUCUAUCUCAAUUUGUUCAUUAUCUAUCUAUUUUCGUUCACGUCAUAUCUAUCUAUCUAUCUAUCUAUCUAUGUGUUCAUUUCUUUCUUUCUUUCUAGCUAAGUGUUCGUCUCUAUCUAUCUAUCUAUGUGUUCAUUUCUUUCUAGCUAAGUGUUCAUAUCUAUCUAUCUAUCUAUCUAUGUCUAAGUGUUCAUAUCUAUCUAUCUAUCUAUCUAUCUAUUGA